GGGAUAAAGGGGGAUGUGGGGAUAAAGGGCCAGUGUCGUUUUCAGAGUGAGGGGCACCAGGGUGUCAUCCACCCCAGUGUGGGGCUCAGAGCAAGAAGUGACAGGAGGCAGCUGUAACAUCCACUCUCUCCCUGGGUGGGAAUCCCAGCAGAUCCCAUCCCUACAAAGGCAGAUUAAGCAGUAAAUGGGAUUUUUUCCCCUCUCCCAGCCAACAGCAGCAGCAGGAGGAGGACAUGACACACCAUGUCUGAGGGCAGCAAGGGCCACUCGGUGGCCUUCGGCCAGGUGGUCAUCGGGCCACCAGGCUCCGGGAAAACCACCUACUGCCACGCCAUGAGGGAAUUCCUGGCGCAGAUCGGGCGCAGGGUGUCCGUGGUGAACCUGGACCCCGCCAACGAGGCGCUGCCCUGCCCCUGCGAGCUGGACAUCUCCCAGCUCGUCACCCUGCCUGAUGUCAUGGGCAGCCUCGGGCUGGGCCCCAACGGGGGCCUCCUCUACUGCAUGGAGUACCUGGAGACCAACGUGGACUGGCUGCAGGAGAAGCUGGAAGGGCUCAAGGGGCACUAUGUCCUCUUUGACUGCCCCGGGCAGGUGGAGCUCUACACGCACCACAACUCCCUGAAGAACGUCUUCGCCCACCUGGCCAAGUGGAAUUUCAGGCUGGCUGCAGUGCAUCUGGUGGAUUCCCACUACUGCACAGACCCUGGGAAGUUCAUCUCUGUGCUCUGCACCUCCCUCUCCACCAUGCUGCACGUGGAGCUGCCCCACGUCAACAUCCUCUCCAAGAUGGACCUGAUCGAGCAGUACGGGAAGCUGGCUUUCAACCUGGAUUAUUACACCGAGGUCCUGGAUCUCUCUUACCUGGUUGAUCAUUUGGCCUCCGAUCCCUUCUUCAGGAAUUACCGCCGCCUCAACGAGAAGCUGGUGGAGGUGAUUGAGGACUACAGCCUGGUGUCCUUCAUCCCCCUCAACGUCCAGGUGAUGCAGCAGGAGGGAACAGGGAGCCUUGGAUGUGUGGCUGGAUGUGUAGCACCUUGUUUAUGUCUGCUCAGAGCCACGAGGGCUGAAAGCCUCAGCUGUGAAGAGACUCAGGGAUGGAAAACAGGGAAACACACCCAGACUUGUAAAUGAUCCAUGGCAGCCAAAGGAAGAGGAAAGGCUGAUGAGCUUGGGGCUACCUGGGCCUUGUGUCCUGGGGUGGGGAGUUCAGGCUCCCCCUUCCUCCAGCCCUUCUGUGCCUACAUUUCAAACCUGGGCAAAGU